GCCUUUGCGCCCGAGUUUGUGGAGAGCAUUUCCAAUGUGUCCGUUGCCGUGGGUCGCGACGCCACCUUCACGUGCCACGUCCGCCACCUGGGCGGCUAUCGGGUGGGCUGGCUGAAAGCCGACACCAAGGCCAUCCAGGCCAUACACGAGAACGUCAUCACCCACAAUCCCCGUGUCACGGUCAGCCAUCUGGACCAGAACACCUGGAAUCUGCACAUCAAGGCGGUGGCGGAGGAGGAUCGCGGCGGCUACAUGUGUCAACUGAACACGGAUCCCAUGAAGAGUCAGAUAGGCUUCCUGGAUGUGGUCAUACCGCCGGACUUUAUCAGCGAGGACACUUCAUCGGAUGUGAUUGUGCCGGAGGGCAGUUCGGUGCGCCUGACAUGUCGAGCCCGUGGCUAUCCGGAACCGAUUGUCACCUGGCGGCGGGAGGACGGCAACGAGAUUGUCCUCAAGGACAAUGUGGGCACCAAGACACUGGCGCCCUCGUUCCGCGGCGAAGUGCUGAAGCUGUCAAAGAUAUCACGGAACGAGAUGGGCUCGUAUCUGUGCAUCGCCUCCAACGGGGUUCCCCCAUCGGUUUCAAAGCGCAUCUCGCUUAGCAUACACUUUCAUCCAGUCAUCCAAGUACCAAAUCAAUUAGUCGGCGCACCACUUGGCACUGAUGUUCAAAUCGAGUGUCACGUUGAGGCCUCGCCCAAAUCAAUUAACUACUGGAUUAAGGACACGGGUGAGAUGAUUGUCACCUCCGGCAAGUACCACGUACAGGAGAGUUCCCAGUCCAUGUACGAGACGAAGAUGUCGAUGAUUGUGCGGAAGUUCCAGAAGGACGAUGUUGGCUCCUAUCGCUGCAUAGCCAAGAACUCUCUCGGCGAGGUCGAUAGCAGCAUACGUCUAUAUGAAAUCCCCGGUCCGAAUCGUAAUAAAAAUCCCUUGAACGGAAAGGGCAACGGCGGCGGAGGCGGUGGCGGUGGCGGAGGCGGCGGCUUGGAUGCGGAUGCCAAUGACAUUUUAAAACAGAAACAACAAGUCAAAGUCACAUACCAGCCGGACGACGAGGAGCUGCAGUACGGUUCCGCCGAGGAUUUCGAUGGCGAUGGGGAGGGCCUGACGCCGUUAUCGCCUCACGUUUACUACACCAGCGGCAAUAAACCGCCCACACAUAAGCCUGGCAACUCUGGCGGCGGCGGUGGCAAUCAGCAUCAGCAUCAACAUCAACAGCACCACCAUCACCAUCACCACCAGCAGCAGCAGAAUGGCGGAGGAGCUGGCGUCGGUGGUGUCGGAGGAGCGCCAGGUGGAGGUGGGGAUCUGGGCAUCACACGUAAGCCGCCUCCCUAUUACGGCGGCAAUACAGAGGUGCGCGGCCCCAUCGACAACAACAACGGAAUGAGCUCCGGCGGUGCCGGGCUUCGCGGCUUCGGCUUCGGAAUCGGCUUUCCCUUCCGCAUACCCUCCCAACCGAGCCUCAGUCCCAUCAGCUGGCUGACCCAUCAGGAGGCAUGGCACCAUCCGCAUUGGUGGCACUGUCGACAGCCGCUCUUAAUGGGUUUGUCGGCCGUGUCCGGUUUACUCCUCACGCUCUGCCUCUUAUAAUACCCAGUCUAACGGACUCGCACUCCCCGCACACAGGACACAGGACCCACUCCCACACGCGGACAGAGACAAAUACUCGUACACAUGUUGUAGUAGCAAAUGUUAAAUUGUUUAUAACAAAAACACAAUAACACACGGACCCACACACACACACACACAACUGGACAUAUGGAACGGAGCAGAGCGGAGCGGUAGCCAAAAAUAAUGUAUCGAUAUUUAGAGAAUGUACUUUCUAUGAUAGUUAUUAUUACCAGAAUUGCGUUUUGCACGGAAUCAAAGUACUGUCUCUCAGUAGCUAUAUAUGUAUGUAUAUGGGAAUGCUCGUAGUACUCAUGCAACACCCAGUAAUACCCCAGUGCUCCACUCUACUGGGUACUCCUGUAUCUGUACUUGUAUUUGUGUGUGUGUAAAUCGCGCAGGAAAA